AUGGCUUCACCUAUUGCGUUGUUGCAGCAGAUUCCAAUGGCUUUCAACAAGAGAUAUGGUGGUGGAAAGGAAUGGCUACAACUUACAAAGAGACCGAAGUCAAAGGUGUUUUUAUGGAGAACAUUGAGAAGGCGACCAAAAGGGAUAGUAGAGAUAUGUCCUCGUGACGCUUAUCAACUGACAAAAAAACAAGAGGGGAUCAUAAAGAGCAUCCAUAUGAUUGUCAGAGACAGAGGAAAAUUUAUCAUGGAACUUUACUUGAAAAAGUCAGGUAAAGUAGAAAAGGGGAUAAAAAUAGACUAAUGAAGAAAAUCUCUAAAGGGGUUAAAAAUCGACUAAUGAAGGAAAAAAAUCCUAAAGAAAGAAGAAAGACAUGACAGUAACUGCGCCUUCCUUCGCUCUCCACUUUCUUUGUCAGCUUCAGACAAAUGUGAACGCACCAAAAGGUUCAAUGGUAAGGAAGACUCCCGUUCCCUGAAAAUGACUUGAUGGAAAUUGUGUGCCAAGUUGUUGGAGACAGAUCAAGACUUUUUAGACCUCUCACUAGAAGUAAGGUAUGUUUUAACACUGCUAAAAACCAACAGAGAAAGAUUGAAAAGAAAUGAAAAUUGUGACGUGGUGCAUGUGUGAGAUAGUUCUUGGUGAUUAGCAUGGUGUAUAGGUUGGGAGUUUACAGUUAUGGAACGUAGGGAAUUAUAGUUUUGGUAUGUGUCAUAGUGGAACUAAGAGGCUGCAGAUCAACAAGUCUUGUUGAGACUUAUUAGCAAAGAGUUAUAUUGUGUUUCAGUGUUAGAUGAGUUGUCUAUUUAGGAAAAAAUCAAAGAUGUAUAUGAAUAUGCUACGAAGAAUUCACCAUUCUUAUUUAUAGAAAACAAAAUAGACACAAAAGCAUCAGUUUAUAGAUAAAGAUAGAAGAAAGGUAAAGAAAUGCUUACAAUACAAUACCAACAACAACUUGACAAACAUUGAAGGGUCAAACUCAAAACCAAAAAAGAUCUUAACAGUUUCUGCUCUUAAUUACCAGAGAAGCUAGCCACUUCGGUUUAUAUAAAGAAAUGAGUUGUGCUAUUGCCAAUCCAAGUAACACUCCAAUUCCGUACCCUAUUGCCACUGCUUUCCAGUUUAACACUUGCUCAUCUUCUUCCUCUUCUUCUUGUUCUUUAGGAUGUUGUGCUGGUGGUGUGUUAGUCCCGAAGCAACUUUCUUGAAGAGGAAAACCGCAAAGCCCUGCAUUUCCUUCAAAUGACGAUUUAGGUUGCCCAGUUAUUUGUGUUCCUUGUGGUAUUUCACCAAUGAGUUGGUUGUGAGACACGUUCACGUAUGCCAAAAACGAGAGGGUCCUUAGGCCAUUAGGAAUAGUCCCUGAGAGUUGGUUACUUGAUAGGUCUAGUGACUCCAUCUUCUUAAGAUUGGCGAAAGAAAGAGGAAUAUGGCCUGUGAAGGCGUUGUUCGAUAAGUUGAGUGCGAUCAGUGCCUUUAAGAGACCAAUAGAUUCAGGAAUUUCUCCUUCAAGUCUGUUUCCUGAAAAAUCAAUGGUGGCUGAGGAAGUAAGGACGUUCCUUUGCUCCAUAGAUAGACCUUUAUAUCGUAAAUCUAUAGUUUCAUAAUAGGUGAGGUGAUAGUUCCCGAAAAUAACCUUGCCAUAUACCAUAUAUAGACCCAGAUCUUCAUUCAUCGUGUGUGAUGAUGCUUUCCAAUUCACAAAAAAGUCUGAGGACAAGCUUGUCGACGGCCGGCCGCGGCCGGCCGUCGACAAGCUUCCGGUUAGUUUGUUACCAGCUAUCUCCAGUAUCCGCAGCUCAGGAAAACCCAGAGGACCUUCAUUAGGAGGAGAUAGAGGACCAUAGAAUUUGUUUGAACUGAGGAGAAGGACUUGCAAUUUCGGUAAAGCCUUGAGGGAGAAAGGAAAUGUAUCUUUGAUUCCGUUGUGGUCCACACUUAGAAACUGUAGAGCUGAGCAAUUUAUAAGAGACCUUGGCAGCUUCCCUGUUAAUCGAUUGUAGCCAACGUCGAGUGACCGUAGAGGCGUAUCCUCAUAAUACUUGUCAGGAAUACUUCCUUCCAAGUUGUUCUUUCGGAGUUUCAAAUACAAUAAGUUACUCAGACAUGGAGGAAUUGGUCCGGUGAAGUUGUUGUAGCUUAGAUCAAGAACAUCAAGCGAGCUUCUAUUACAGAUUGAAAGAGGUAUGUCGCCUCCGAAUCUAUUGUCUAUUGCAGAGAAAUAGUUGAUAGAGAGCGGUAGAUGCGGGAGUGCCCCUUCUAAACUGUUUGUAUCCAAACUUAAGAUCUGCACUGAUGAAUUUACUAAAACUUCUGAUGACCCUUCAAAGCCAGUUAACAAAUUAUCUGUAAUGAACACUGAGCUCAGACGAGGAAGGCUCCAUAACCACUCUGGAAAUUUCCCACUGAUUCUAUUGUUGGAUAAGGCAAUAUACUCCAAAUUAUGAAGGGUCUUGAAGACGUUAGGGAAAUCACUGAUGUCGCAAUGCUCCAAACGCAACACUUCCAGGGUAGAUGGAAUGUAUGAAUCCAAAGUUAAACUAGCCUUUGAUAUCCAAUCACCGGAAAGAUCGAGGAGCAACAAAGAUUUGAGAGAGGAGAAGAGACUUAAGUCAAUUGGGUAGCUUGUGUUUAGGAAAGAAAGGUCGAGCUCUUUGAGGUUGAUGAGCUUUGAGAUAGGCUCUAGGAUUUUUCCUUCGAAAUGGUUUUCACCUAGGUGCAAACUCUCUAGCCUUGAUGACGAAGAUGAGUUAGGAACUUCAAUUGAACCGUUGAGAUUGUUUCCUUUUAAUGAAAGAUAGGAUAAGAAAGGCAUAGUGAAGAGAGAAGAAGGGAUUGUUCCAGAGAAGUGAUUACCAAAAAGAUGUAGAAUGGAGAGCUUGGUUAGAUUUUGUACAAGCGGAAGACUACCAGUGAAGUGGUUCAAGGGAAGGUACAACUCGGUUAACUGGGUUAGGUUACUAAUAGUGGGAGGAACUUGACCGAAGAAGCUAUUAGAGGAAACAUCCAAGACCUCUAGUUUGUUGAGAUUGCCAAAUUCAUAAGGGAGUGAAGAGGAGGUGAAGUUGUUGUAACGGAGAUUAAGGUAAAUGAUGUGGUGCAACUCAAAGAGGCUACUAUUGGGAUUCAAAAUUCCAGAGAAGUGAUUAUAAGAAACAUCUAAAACUCUGAGCUUGCGUAGAUUCCGCGCAAAUGAUAAACUACCAGUGAGGUCAUUAUUGGAAAGGACUAAGGCGGAAAGCAUGCUUAGGUUACUAAAUGAAAAAGGAACUUGGGCGAGGAAGCCACUACUUGAAAGAGACAAUACCUCUAAGUUGUUGAGCAUUCCAAACUUGGAAGAAAUUGAAGAGGAGGUGAAGUUGUUAUGAGGGAGAAGAAGGGAACGGAGAUGAUGAAACUGGAAAAGGCUACUGUUAGGUUUCAGAGUUCCGCUAAGACAUGCCCUGAGUUGUAGCAUCGUGACCGCACCCGUGGAGUCAUCGCACCACACUCCAUUCCAAGGGUCACUAUGGUUGCAAGCACGAGUAUCAAACUCGUUCUUGAACUGCGUAAAGGCUUGAAUCUGGUGGGGACCACAAGCACCAAGACCAACAACAGGGUUAUUAAAAGUGAAGAAGCUUGAAGGAGAGACACAAGAUAGUAAGAGUAGCAAGAGAAAAUUCAAACUGAAAAGCAAUUCAGACAUGAUGAAAACAGCUUUGAAAGAAAGAAUGGAUUUUGAUAUAAGAAAUGUGAGAGAGAAGAUUGGUAUAAAUAAAGAUAGAAUGUGGUUUUGCAUAGUGGAAGCAGUGAGAGCUAAGUGAAGUCGUCAUUGAAGUGAAAUCGACGUUAGAUGACUUUUCUAAUGUAUAUUUUGGACUGGAAUCACAUCACUUUGAAAUUAUACAUUAUGUUCAAAAUCACAAGAAGAAUAAUGAGGGUGAUAUUGACCCCAACAUGUGUUACACACCAAGCUUAUAUUGGUGAGUCAAGAUCCUACCACAAAUGUCCAACUGAUAUUGACCCCUACAUGUGUUACACACCAAACUGCUGCACCAUCAGCUAACGGAAUAGGAAUCUUCCUUGGUUAAGAUCUUUGUGACGUGAGGAAAUAAAAGUUUUGAAAAUAACGCCAAAAAAAUAGGCUGAAUUAUUAUUUAUGAAAUCACAAUCAAAAUGUUAUUUACCUAAGAAACAAAACUGGACACGAAAGCAAGCUAGCAAAGUUUUUUACACGUAAUGGAAGAUAGAAAAACUAUCCACAAUAUUCCAUAUCAUUUGAGGAAAUAUUGCGUUAAAAACUAAAAUUAAGUGACCAAGUGAAAAUUUGGUGAUUCUCACUUCCGUCACUGCACAGUGCAUAGUGCCUCCAGAACCAGAAGCUUCCUUCUUCAGAUAACAAACAAGUUCACUCACAUACAAUUGCGACGGUCACACGCCUUCAAUUACCUCGUCGAAAAUGGCUUCA